AUGUUGUGAUCUGUACUCAGAUAAACCAAGGUUGUUGGCACCAUCUAGUGGCAAAGUCGAAAUAGUGCAAACAAGAUGGCGGCCCCCAUCAAGACGUUGUGCUGCUCAGUUUUGAGAUGUUGUAGGCGUUCUUUCGGUACAACAUCUACGAACCAAGCGGGGAAGAAGUGGAGAACGGAACAUGGAUUGGCUCCGUCUGGUACAGAAUAUGGUCCUUUGACAGACCUGCCUGAUUGGUCGUAUGCAGAUGGAAGACCCGCCCCUCUCCUCAAGGGUCAGCUGAGGAGAAAGCAAGAAAGAGAGGCUUUAGCAAGACGCGUGGUGAUGCUCAGCGGAGAGGUAGAUAAGGGGAUGGAGGCAUGGCAACAGAAAAAGGAAGACGCAAAGCGAAUGGAGGCGCACCAAAAGUCCCUGCUACUCAAACCGAAGGGCCAACUAUUACUAAAGAAGUCAACGUAAAACACUUCAGUUAUAGAACCCUAUGUCUGUUUUUUUUGUGUUAUUUUUCAGUAGAAUGUUCUUUCUUUUUCAACUUGGUUUUUCAAUGGCUGCCUGGACACCAGGUGAUAUGAAACAUCUCUUUAAGUACUUUAGUUCUGGUCAUUUUAAAAUUACGAGUCUUCCUGGAAAGCAUUUGCAUCAUUUUUGUUUUGUUAUCACGGCCGAAACACUUUUACACUAGUUUUGUAAAAUGAUUUAUCUUGCAUAUGUGGCAUAUAAUGUAAGCAGGACUUUCCACUCAAUAAAAAACAUUGAUCAUUCAACGAC